UCAAUUCACCAAAAUAUACCAAUAGAGAGAACCACAUAUUUAUCACCACUAAAACUAAGGAUAGAGAGCAAUAUAGAAAUAUCAUCAUGAAGGGCUAUGAACCAAGGUCAAGUUCCUCUUGUGCAGCCUGCAAAUUUCUCAAAAGAAGAUGCAUACCAAAUUGUAUAUUUGCACCAUACUUUCGUGCCGACGAGUGCAAGAAAUUCGCGAAAGUCCACAAAGUAUUUGGAGCAAGCAAUGUAAGCAAGAUCCUCAUUGAAGUGCCAGAGGAACAAAGGGAAGAAACUGUGAAUUCUUUGGCUUAUGAAGCUGAUGCAAGGCUUAGAGAUCCUGUUUAUGGAUGCAUAGGUGCUAUAGCACUUUUGCAAAGGAAAAUGAUUGAACUUCAACAUGAUCUUGCCAUUGCUAAAGAUCGUCUAGCUCGUUGUGCAGCCGCUGCUGCUGCUACUCAUUCCUCUUCUUCUUUUUCUAAUGAUAUGUCGAAUUCGAAUGUUAGUUUGCCACCUUUUCCUGAGUUUUACAGUUGCAGUGAUUUUAAUGAUAACUUUAGCCACAGUUCUUCAUCUCAAUCGUUUAGUCGAAAUGAAACAGGUGAUGAUUUCCUUCAAAUCCCUUAUAUAUUUUGAAGUUGUUGUCACCCCCUUACCUCUAUUUUGUUGUAAUUGUUAUGUAUUAUGAUUAUGAUUUAUCAAAAGGAGUGCUUCUGUUGUAUAUGUAAUUUAUAAAUAAGAACUACAUGAAUGAAUUUGUUUUCGA